AUGAAAACCCUCAGCAGCCCUAGCAACUCCAGCACCAUCUCUGGCUUCAUCCUCCUAGGAUUCCCCUGCCCCAAGGAAGGGCAGAUCCUCCUCUUUGUGCUAUUCUUCAUUGUCUACCUCCUCACCCUCAUGGGCAAUGCUUCCAUCAUCUGUGCUGUGCGCUGGGAUCAGAGACUCCACACCCCCAUGUACCUCCUGCUGGCCAACUUCUCCUUCCUGGAGAUCUGGUAUGUCACCUCCACAGUCCCCAACAUGCUGGCCAACUUCCUCUCUGACACCAAGGUCAUCUCCUUCUCUGGGUGCUUCCUGCAGUUCUAUUUCUUCUUCUCCUUGGGUUCUACAGAAUGCUUUUUCCUGGCAGUUAUGGCCUUUGAUCGCUACCUUGCCAUCUGCAGGCCUCUACACUAUCCUGCUCUUAUGACUUUGCGCCUCUGUAACAUCCUGGUGAUCAGUUGCUGGGUGCUUGGUUUCCUCUGGUUCCCCAUCCCCAUCAUCAUCAUCUCCCAGAUGUCCUUCUGUGGGUCCAGGGUUAUAGACCAUUUCCUAUGUGACCCUGGCCCUCUCUUGGCCCUCAGCUGUGUGAGAGAUUCUUUAAUAGAGCUGACUAGUUCCACCUUAAGUUCCCUACUUUUAUUUAUUCCAUUUUUCUUUAUCAUGGGGUCUUACGCUUUGGUUAUGAGAGCUGUGUUGAGUGUUCCUUCAGCAGCUGGACGAAGGAAGGCUUUCUCCACUUGUGGGUCCCAUUUGACUGUGGUUUCUCUUUUCUAUGGAUCAGUAAUGGUCAUGUACGUGAGCCCAACAUCUGAACAUACAGCUGGAAUGCAGAAGCUUGUGACUCUGUUUUAUUCUGUAGUUACUCCACUCAUUAAUCCUGUGAUCUACAGUCUGAGGAACAAAGAUAUGAAACAUGCAAUGAAGAAAUUACUGAAAAUAUAA